CAGCUCCUCGCCCACGGUGCUGUUCCAGGACUAUCGGACGGCAAGCAGCGGAGGCGCAAUUGCGGGUGGCAAUGCCAACAUCUUGCUGGCGGCGCCCCGACAGCUGGCGUUGUUCGCCUACCUGACCAACUACGACCUUUUCAAUACCGCGGUUCUUAACGGCAAUGACGUCGUGACGCCCAUACAGGUUUCGCUUGUAUCCGACUGGGCAGCCAGCGACUCCAGCCUUAUUACCGCCACCGAUGCAAGCAGCUGUACAUGCAGUGUGGCAGCUGCAGUCGCCGGAGUGCUAGCAGUUCGCAGCUGUCGGGUUGUGCUUACUGCAACCCACUCGCAGCCAGCCAAGCUGGCGAACGUUACCGUGGCCUGUAGCGGAAGCGGAGGCAUAACAUUCCAAGCCCAGACACCAGUAACCAUCUGGUAUCCAAGUACCUUCCGUGCCGAGACCGCUG